AAGAAAAGAUAUGGAGACCACUACUAGCUAGUAGCAGUGUCCUAGAAGAGAAAGGGACCCGUACUGCAGCAGGUCCACUAGGAACAAUGGAGCAAGAGCAGGCUGAGCAGCAGCAGAUGUUGUUGCCGCAAGAAAGAAAGAAGAUGAGGGCGAUGGUGGCGGUAGAUGACAGCGAGGAGAGCUUCUACGCUCUCAAUUGGGUUCUGGAUAAAUUUUUCAGUAACAUCGUGAUGAGUACGCUACCAACUGCUACUGAAACACCUGAUCAUCAACACGACCAUCGAGUGGAGUCCAACCUCGUUUCCCUCGUCCAUGUCAUGGAUCGCUUGCCUCACUACGUCUUCCCGGGCGGAUACGUGGUCGAGUCUGCCACCAAAGCCCGGGAGCAAAAUGCUGCAAAAAUACUCUCACAGGCAUCCCAGAUGUGCAAGGACAGAAAGGUCGCUGCAGAAACCCUCAUUCUUGAGGGAGAUCCCAAGGAAAUGAUUUGUGAGGCAGUAGAACGAAUGCACGUGGACGUUCUUGUUGUUGGCAGCCGCGGACUUGGUCAAAUCAAGAGGGCAUUCCUGGGAAGCGUUAGCGAUUACUGUGCUCACCGUGCCAAAUGUCCUGUUGUGAUUGUGAAGCUGCCCCACAAGCAGUAGUUGCAGCAAUACCUGGCAAUGUAUGUAUUUCCUUGAACAUGAAGAGUUUAAGGUACAGAUCCGUACUUCUGAUGUCCAGCCUGAUUGUUUGUUAAUAGUAAUAAUAAUAGUUGUCAGUGCAAUAAAGCUACGUGUGUAUUUUUAUUUUUUUUUUUCGACACAGGGGUGUCCGGGUCAAUCCUUACGGGGCCCGACUAAUCCCCUGCGACCCGGAUCCGGCGCCCCAACUCAGCCCGAACACGUUAAGUGCGCGGAGGAAUCCAGCGGAGCGGAGACUCGAACUUGUGAUCUCAAGAUUCACUGGUGAGAGGCGCUGCCGCUGGACCAUUCACGCGGGGCAAUAAAGCUACGUGUGUAUGAGAGCGCGAGAAAUGCAAUGACGUACUAUCAAGUAUGUGGAGUUUGAAAAAUAUUCCAAGUGAAAUCCUGAGCAGUCAGCAAUACUAUUUACUUUA